GCCAAAGAAAUACCAAACCUUGAUGCCCAUCGUCAAAACAAAACCGCGUGGGUGCGCUGCGUGUGUGAAAGUGUGAGAGCGAAUCGUGGGUUUUAAUUGACUGUAAAUAACUCCUGUUUGAAUUGCAUAGACUUUUUGCAGUGUGAAGACAUCACAUAUCUUCUUACACGUCAAUAAACAAAAAAUGGGCAAGAAAAAGGGUAAAGGGAAAGAACCAAAGCUUGAGCUAGUUUUCAACGAGAAGGAUCGAAGGGAUUAUCUUACUGGAUUCAAGAAGAGGAAACAGGAGAGACGUGAAACUGCUGCCAAGAAGUUUGAUAAGCGAUUCAAACAAGAGAAAAAUCGUAUCAGACAGGAGAAACGCAGCAAGCUACCGACACAUGGGCCGACGGUGCUUCCCGACAACAUGCUGAUCUCGGAGGACGUGGAGCCCGCGGCAGUGACCCACGAUCUGGAGAAGCACACCGUCAGUGUGACGACAAUCUCCGACCUGGACCUCACCGCCGGCGGACUCUUCCUUGGCAAGAACGCGUUGCCAGCGGCGUCCCAGGACGAGGAAGAGGAGGAUCAGCCAGAACCGGAGAAAGAUGAUGAGGUGCUGGGGAUGGAACUGAAGGCGACGCCGGCCCCCAAGGCAGCUGAGAAGCCGGUCUCACAACGAUCGCGGCAGAACAUCCUGGAGACCAAGGCCCGUCUGCAAGAGAAAAAGAACAAGCAGAAGAGCAAAAACCUCCAGAAGCACAAAGCGAGGAUCAACAAAAAGCACAUGAAGCUCAGCCAUCAGCUAAAGAAACAGAGACGGAAAGGCUCAGCCGCAUAGAGAACGUUUUUCUAAAUGCUAUCCAAAUUGUUCUUUUCUUGUAAAUAUAUCAACACAUCACA